AUGACAAAAGCCGUCAGCGGGAACUCGAUAGCGGUUUUUACUAUUGGGUUUGACAUACACCACACGCAGUUAGAUGAUCAACACAGCACGGUCAGUACCUACAUAUUUUAUCCAAGAGGUUUCAAGAACAAGGAGCUGGUCUUUAGCUUCAAAAGGGCAUAUAAUUUGGAGGUCAUUUUGGUUAUGGUGGAGCGCAAAUGUCCUAAAGGCGACUCUUGGAACAAAGCCAGGUGUAAACAGAUAGAGCUUCAUUAUACAGAAGUCAAGUGCUUAUGGCGUGGCACAGAAGUUCGCAAGGCAAGUGUUUUUAAUAAAGAUUUAUCUGGAAUCUGA